GAGAGAUGCAUAGCAUGGGAGUUUUCACUAAGAUAUUCCUCCUCUACUGCCUCUUAUUCUUUCCAAGUGAUGCAAGGAAGGUUGAGAUUAGCAGUGACCAGAAGGACAUCACCACUCCAUUAACAACAGUGCCUACAAUAACACCCACAACUCCUGCCUCGUCCACUCCGGUGUUGAACCCUAAUUCGGACCCGGACUCGAAAUCUCCGGUGACCAUGACACCGAUGACGGUCCCCAAGAAUCCAGUACCUGCCGGGGGAAGCUGGUGUGUGUCUAGCCAAAGUGCAUCGGAAACUGCAUUACAGGUGGCUUUAGACUACGCAUGCGGCCAUGGAGGAGCUGACUGUGGGCCGAUUCAGGCAGGUGGAAGCUGUUAUUAUCCCAACACUGUUCGUGCCCAUGCUUCUUUUGCAUUCAACAGCUAUUUUCAGAAUAAUCCGAUUCCUAGUAGCUGUAAUUUUGGAGGAACUGCUGUUACUACCGCCACUGAUCCAAGUAGAGGGACAUGUCAGUACCAAUCCACAAGCACAACUUCUUCAAUCUUGGACAUCAACACUGCAAAUGGUUCAAAUGUAUUUGGUGCAGUGCCUUCACGCCCAUCCCCAUCAGCUGCAUCCACCACCAGAUCAAAUCACAUGCAAUCUUUCUUCAUCACCAUGCCAUGCUUCAUUUUGCCCUUGGCUAGAUACUACCAAUGAAA